UUGCACACGUCACUCAAAAAGAAUCAGGAAACUGGAAUAGCAUGAGUUCAGGGAAAGAGAAAGUGAAGUGUAGUUGAGCUGUAAAAUGGCAGAAGCCAGAAUAUCUGUGGAUCAGGAUGAGUUCCUGUGUCCAGUGUGUCUGGAUCUCCUGAAGGAUCCAGUGACCAUUCCCUGUGGACACAGUUACUGUAAGAGCUGUAUUACAGACUGCUGGGAUCAGGAGGAUCAGAUGAGAGUCUACAGCUGCCCUCAGUGCAGACAGACCUUCAGUUCAAGACCUGCUUUAGCUAAAAACACCAUGCUGGCUGAAGUGGUGGAGAAACUGAAGAAGACGAAACUUCCUGCUGACUGUUACGCUGGAGCUGGAGAUGUGCAGUGUGACGUCUGUACUGGAAGAAAACACAAAGCCAUCAAGUCCUGUCUGGUGUGUCUGGAGUCUUACUGCCAAACUCAUUUUGACCGUCAUGAGGAAUUUCACUCACGUAAGCCACAUAAAGUGACUGAAGCCACUGGACGACUGCAGGAGAUGAUCUGCCAGAAACACGACAAGAUCUUUGAGGUUUUCUGCCGCACUGAUCAGAAGUGUAUAUGUGUGCUGUGUAUGAUUGAUGAACAUAAAAACCACGACACUGUAUCAGCUGCAGCACAGAGGACAGAGAAACAGCACCAGCUGAAGGAGACGCAGAGGUUGUUCCAGCAGAGGAUCCAGCAGAGAGAGAAAGAUCUUCAGCAGCUGAGAGAGGCUGUGGAGUCUCAUAAGCGCUCUGCACAGACAGCAGUGGAGGACAGUGAGAGGAUCUUCACUGAGCUCAUCCGCUCCAUUGAGAGAAGCCGCUCUGAGGCCACACAGCGGAUCAGAGAUCAGGAAAAGACUGCAGUGAGUCGAGCUGAAGGACGACUGGAGCGACUGGAGCAGGAGAUCAAUGAUCUGAGGAGGAGAGACGCUGAGCUGGAGCAGCUUUCACACACACAGGAUCACAUCCAUUUCCUGCAGAGUUUCCAGUCUCUCUCAGCUCCUCCUGAAUCUACAGAUGUAAAUGACGAUCCCUUCAGUUCUCUCUCCUCUUUUGAUGAAGUGAGAAAAUCUGUCCGUCAGCUGAGAGACAAACUGGAGGAUUUCUGCAAAGAGGAGCUCAAGAAGGUCUCUGACAGAGUCUCUUCCACCAACAUUGUUCCCAGGACCAGGAACAACUUCCUACAAUAUUCCCAUCAAUUCACUCUGGAUCUGAACACAGCACAUAAACGCCUUCGUCUGUCUGAGAAUAACAGAGUGAUUACUGACACUGGCAAAGUCCAGUCGUAUCCUGAUCAUCCAGACAGAUUUGAUGUGUGUCAGGUGUUGAGUAGAGAGAGUGUGUGUGAUCGACGCUGUUACUGGGAGAUUGAGUGGAGUGGUGAUGUGGAUAUAUCAGUGUCAUAUAAGAGCAUCAGCAGGAAGGGACGGGGUGAUGAGUGUGUGUUUGGAUAUAAUGAUCAGUCCUGGAGUUUGAUCUGCUCUUCCUCCAGUUACUCAUUCAGUCACAAAAGUAUAGAGACUAAACUCCCAGUAAAGCCCAUCAUCAGCAGUAGAAUAGGAGUGUAUGUGGAUCACAGUGCAGGAACUCUGUCCUUCUACAGCGUCUCUGGAGACACAAUGAUCCUCAUCCACACAGUCCAGACCACAUUCACUCAACCGCUCUAUCCUGGGUUUAAUGUUGGUUAUAAAGGAUCAGUGAAACUGUGUUGAUGAAUCAGAACAGACUGUAGAGAGAUUCUACCCAUAAUGCUUUGAGCUCAUGAUAAAUCGGUAACAGUGAGAUGUUAUAGAGUCUCUUAGGGCGUUUCUCAAUACCAGGUUCGCAAAGUUCGGACUUGCGUCCUUGGUAGUUCGGACUUGGCAAGUUCGACUCAGGAGAAUGGACUCCCGAGGACGGGAGGACACAGUUCCGGUGAUUCUGCAAAUGGUACAGCAUCGUACUUGACAAUGUCACUCAGCUCGCUCUGGCUACUCUGGUUAUCUCUGUAUGUACAGUAUAUUUUAGGCAACAAUAAAAUGAAAUAUGUUAUA